GCGCAACAAUAGAUCCGAGAGGGAUCUGUAUCCACUGAAGAUCUCUCGAGGAAGUUAGUGUCUCACACUGGCUCCAGCAGCAAACUCUACUCUCUCUCAGACUGUCGGCUGAUCAUUGAGUUUAAAUAUAGUUUUGCAUUGCCUUCGAUGGAUUUUUGUGUUUUAAAAAUUGAUUUGGUUUGUGUUAAACGUAGCCUAUGUUUACUUUCUAAAAUAAGUUUAUUGGGCUGCUUGUGGACUGUGCGCAGCAAGUCGAAGAUCUCACUGGAAAGAGCACUUUCAUAAGCAUUCAAAAGUAUUUUCUGAUCUCUUCUUGGACACUGGCAUUCGGGCUGUGUUCUUCGUCAAGUGCUGUGCUGAAGAAAUUCGCCGUGUAUCGAUUCUGCUCAAUGUUGAUGAAACGUCUCCGAUCGAAGACUUCGGUUACGCACGUAUUUUAACCUAUCGAUCGGCUGUUUGUUGAUUCGGAGAAUAUGGAUCUUCGUCCAGAGUUCCCACCCGUCUCCCAGGCAGGGUCGCAGGUUCAUCCUGGCGCCGCUGCUGCGGCCGCUGCCGCUGCCGCCUCCAUCCCGGUUUCCAUGGCCAGUAACCUGUUAAGGGCCCAGCCGCUGUUGCUUCGCGCUACGGAGAAGUAUCCACGAACGCCCAAGUGCGCCCGGUGCAGGAAUCACGGCGUGGUGUCCGCGCUGAAGGGGCAUAAGCGCUACUGCAGAUGGAAGGACUGCAUGUGUGCCAAAUGCACUCUCAUCGCUGAGAGACAGCGCGUCAUGGCCGCUCAGGUUGCGCUCCGCAGACAGCAGGCGCAGGAGGAGAACGAGGCGAGAGAACUUCAGCUGCUCUACGGCACAGCAGAGGGUCUGGCCCUGGCCGCUGCCAACGGCAUCAUACCUCCCCGGCAAAACUAUGAGGUCUUUGGCUCGGUUAACAACGAAACAAACCAUGGAGAAUCCAACAUCCAAAAAUUCGAGUUGUUCCCCAAGACACCUUUACCGGGAUCGGUGACCCCACAGCAGGCGGCUGGAAAGUCCGUAUCCACAGACACCGAAUCCGUUCCAGGAAUGUCGUCUCCAGAUAUGCGUCAUGGCUCGGGUUCGGAGAACGGUGACCACGAGUCCAUCGUCAAUUCCCCGAUAGCCAAACCAUUAAAAGACGGCGAUGAAACGCCAGGUUCCAUCAGUCCGCUCGGCUCAGACUCCGGCUCGGAGACGGAUAAAGAUGAUCAGGAACCCUCGCCUUCCUCCGCGGCAUCGCGACAGAUGAACGCCAUCGACAUUCUAACGAGGGUUUUCCCCAACCACAAGCGCAGCGUCCUGGAGCUUGUGCUACAAGGAUGCGGCAAAGAUGUGGUGCAGGCCAUAGAGCAUAUUCUCAAUAACAGGGGUCAAGCCAAGGGCCCAGAUGAGUCCUGGACGGCGGAUCGGAUGCUGCAGAGCGCACAGCCGCCCAUGUCCUCCACCCCGCGGCCUAUGUUACCUGGAACUAUGACGCUCAGCAACAGAUCUGCCUUCUCUCCUCUGCAACCCAACGCGCCACACUUUGGUUCCGACCCGAGCACGUAUCCUCUCAGUACGCAUUUGGGCUUGAACCCACUCCGGUUGGCGUACUCUGCUCACAGCAGAGGCCUGGCCUUCAUGGCUCCAUACUCCACCACGGGUCUGAUGCCAACAUUGGGCUUCAGGCCGCCAAUGGACUACGCCUUCAGUGACUUGAUCAGAGACAGGACUCUCUUGCAUAAAGAUCAGAGCUACACCAACGGACUUUAUGGUCCUCUGGUCAACAACACUCCAGAGAAACAGUGAGAUAAUGAUUCCCAAGUGUAGACAAAAGUGUUUCUUGUCUUUAAAGACUUCUAGGCCUAAAGAUUCCUCAUCCUUAAAGACUCGCGGGCCUUGUGUUUCUGUAUAUAAAAUACGUCUACUUCAAUCACCAGAAAAAAAAUGUGUUUGGUGGUCGUGGCUUCUUUGAAGUUUGAGAAAAUGGUUAUGUGUAAAAGAAAAUGGUUACAUGUAAAGGUUAAAGUAGUUUUUACGCAUCCUGCAGGUUGGCGUUACUGACACUGCCUCAGCGCAAAAGGGGCCAGAGGUGAAUUAUUUUAGACCUUUAGCAGGGUGACCAUAGUAUUUUCGAGUAAUGUAAAUUGUGUAUUUUAAAAUCUUUCACGUUUGUAACAAUCCAUUUAGAUUAUUUACCAAACGGAUUAAGCCCCUGUGUGAUAAUAGUGCAAUUCCUAGAAUAAUAAUUUGCUUCAUCAUUUAAAAAAGGGAAUAUUCUAGCAUUAUUGUUAUUGUGGAACGUCUAUUAUUCACCCCUUUUCUGCUCAGUGUCUGAAAAUCGUGCCAUGUUCAUUCAACAGAACAGAAGUUCUUUGGAUUUAAUAUGGUUACUGGCUCAAGUAGACAUUUGUGUUCCAUUUGUGAGUGAUAUGUUACACGACUAAAUAAUGUAUAUUGCAUUUCUUGAUGAUAAAGUCAUAUUUGUCAAAUUCAUUUUCUCAAUAAAAAAAAUCAAAAGGGACCUAAAAAAUAUGUAAAACGAUUGAAUGUUGAUUGAAAUCUUGCAGCGUUGCGAAGUGUACAUUUCUUUGUGUAAAUUUUACAAAAAAAUAAAUGUUAUUUUAUUCUUA